CAGUCGCGGGCAUGAUCUGAGGUGGGUUGGAGAUCCUGCAUUUCCAAACUUACGAACAUGUUCCUCACCGUUGCCAGAUAUUUGCCGAAAGAAUGUCCAAACUUGUACCUUAUACGGCAUUCUUGUGGAAGGGGAUCUGUUCUUCCUUCUGUUGAAAAUUACACUCUAUGUGGAAAGUUCACCACUAGAACAACAACAACUUUUGCAGUAAGAACGUCAUUCCGCGCGACAUCAAUAUGGCUGAAAACAUUUUAUGAGCACAAUUUGCUUAGUACAGCGUUUAGAUUUUCGACGCGACCAAAGGACAUUCUUCCAUUUGAGAAGGAAUUCAAGAUAACUAAAAAUGUUUUAGUCUACUCUUAUGACAACUCACGCUUUUACAAACUUUUGUCUUAUUUUGGAGCAGUUCAGUUUGUAUUCUGGUUAUAUUUGGCAACAUUUUCGUACUCUUCGUUGCGUGAUGUACCAAUUCCUGGUGAAGAAUCACCUGAAGAUGUUCCAUGGUGGCGACUUGUUAACCUUGGGAAGAACAAGUACAAAAACGGAAUAGCAUUGCUGUGCUUUUCUGUUGGGUAUAUCGUCCUGUUUAUCAGCAUCAUGUACCCUCUAAGAGCUGUCAACUCCCUCUGGUUAUUCAAGGGAGGCAAGUCAGUUGGACUCGUCACACAUGCACCAUUUGGAAAGAAGCUGACUCAUGUGACUCCUUUAGAAAACAUAAGCUGUGUGCAGUCUCGAGCACAAGCUCAGAGCCAGGUGCCUUUGAAAGUAAAAAACAAGUGGUUCUUCUAUCUCCUGGAUAAAAAGGGAGUUUUUCAUAAUCCAGGACUGUUUGAUUACAUGGUCGGACUUCGAAGGAACUUGAAGUGAUCCUAAUAUGUACUUCUAGGUACUUUUAUUGUUUGCUUAUAGUAUAGUGUGAGUGUACAUAGUUUUGUGUAGGACUUUAUGAUAUUAAAUAGUUUAUGUGUGAUGUAAGAAACUCAUCUCUGUUCUCCUUUUAAUUAUAGUGAAUGAAGUUGUUUUGAGGCCUUAAUUACACUACAUGAGUUAUUUGGCUUGUGUUUGCUGAAGGUUGGCUGUUGUACAAGGGAAAUCAAUCCACAGA